AUGCUACUCCUGCUGGGGCUGCUGGUCCUGGCCCUGGCCCCCCCACUCUCAGGAGCAGAGUCUGUCUGCAGGCUACUAGGGGAGGCACUGGCCCCAGAGUUAGAGGCAGAAGGAGACCUGAUCAUUGGUGGUAUCUUCACAUUUCGCACCGGUUAUAAGGGGCAGAUACCGACCUUUGAAAGCUUGCCAAAUCAGCCUGAAUGCAGAAACCUUAAUUACAGGGAAUUUAAAUUUGCGCACACUGUCAUAUUUGCUGUUGAAGAGAUCAAUAGAAAUCCCAGCAUCCUCCCACGGCACAGAGUAGGCUACAGGAUCUACAACGCCUGUGGAUACUCCAACAUAAUGAGGUCUGCCAUGGCACUGGCGAGUGGUGUGGAAAAGGUUAUUGAUGGGAGGAAUUGCUCACACUCGGUCAAAGCUGAAGCGAUCAUAGGGCACUCAGCAUCGGCUCCGACUAUGGGGUUCGCACGAAUAUUAGGACGCUUUCAAGUUCCUGUGAUCAGUCAUUUUGCCACAUGCCCGUGUCUAAGCAACAGGAAAGAGUAUCCCUCGUUCUUCAGGACCAUCCCCAGUGACUACUACCAGAGCAGAGCCCUGGCCAAGCUGGUCAAGCACUUUGGCUGGACCUGGGUCGGAGCCAUAAGCAAUGCUAACGAUUACGGCCUAAACGGCAUGGCUGGUUUUGUGAGGGCAGCAAAGGACGAAGGGGUGUGCAUCGACUAUCAAGUGGCUUUCGAGAGCACCGAUCCGGGACAUUCAGUUCGUAAAAUAGGGGACAUCAUCAGAAACGCCACGUCCAAGGUGAUCGUGACCUUCAUGUCACACAGAGAGAUUAAAGUGUUGGUGUCUGAGCUGCACAGGCAGAACAUCUCUGGACUGCAGUGGGUGGGCAGUGAAGCUUGGCUCACAGAUGACUCCCUCACAGACAGUGACGGGCAUCAGCUUUUGAUUGGAGCCAUUGGAUUCACUGUCAGAAAACAACAGAUUCCCGGUCUUGGACCAUUUCUACAGGACCUACAUCCUUCCAAGCACCCCAACAGCCAGUUUCUCAAAGAUUUCUGGGAGUCAGUCUUUGACUGUUCUUUGAAUCUACCAACAGGGAAUGAUGAAAGAAGACAAUGCAACGGAUCGGAGAAUCUCAGAUAUGUCAAUAAUGCCUUCACUGAUGUGUCUGAACUAAGGUUCAGCUACAAUGUUUACAAAGCUGUAUAUGCAGUGGCACAUGCUUUGCACAAUAUCUUCACCUGUCAGCCUGGCGAAGGGUCUGUUGCUAACAACACCUGUGCAACACCCACAGACACAAAACCAUGGCAGGUUUUACAAUACCUGCAACAAGUAAACUUCACCACAAAACAGGGUGAUAACGUGUAUUUCGAUAGCUAUGGUGAUUCUCCAGCCGGCUAUGAGCUUAUAAAUAUACAAAGAAUUCACAAAGGGACUAUGGAAGCAGCGGUAGUCGGCCAGUACAACACAUUUGCAACUACAGGACAACAGCUUCAACUACGAAAUGUGCCCGUGUCUGUGUGCAGUGAGAGCUGUCCCCCAGGGACCAGGAAGGCCCAACAGAAAGGAAAGCCCAUAUGCUGCUAUGACUGUAUACCGUGUGGAGAGGGAGAAAUAAGUAACACUUCAGAUGCAACUGAGUGUCUGAAGUGUCCGCCAGCAUACUGGUCCAACAAGCAGCGUGAUCAGUGUCUCUUAAAGACCAUCGAAUUUCUAUCCUACACAGAACUCAUGGGAAUUAUUUUAACAUUCUUUUCCUUGUUGGGUGCAUCUUUGACCAUAAUUAUUGCUGGGAUUUUCUACCAUUAUAAGCAUACGCCCAUAGUGAGAGCGAACAACUCAGAACUGAGCUUCCUGCUGCUCUUCUCCCUGACUCUCUGCUUCCUCUGUUCUCUUACUUUCAUUGGUCGGCCCUCUGAGUGGUCCUGCAUGUUGCGUCACACAGCGUUUGGGAUCACCUUUGUUCUCUGCAUCUCCUGUGUUCUGGGGAAAACGAUAGUGGUGCUAAUGGCCUUCAGAGCCACUCUUCCAGGCAGUAAUGUCAUGAAGUGGUUUGGGCCUCUGCAGCAGAGACUCAGCGUUCUUGGCUUCACUCUCAUACAAGUCCUCAUAUGUGUGCUCUGGUUGACCAUAUCACCCCCAUUCCCAUAUCAGAAUAUGAGUUGGUACCAACACAAGAUAAUCCUAGAAUGUCAUUUGGGUUCAGCUAUAGGAUUCUGGGCCGUGUUGGGCUAUAUUGGAUUCCUUGCUCUUUUGUGUUUCAUAUUGGCUUUUUUGGCUCGCAAAUUACCUGAUAACUUCAAUGAGGCGAAAUUCAUCACAUUCAGUAUGCUGAUAUUCUGUGCAGUCUGGAUCACUUUCAUACCAGCUUAUGUCAGCUCUCCUGGUAAAUUUACUGUAGCCGUGGAGAUAUUUGCUAUUUUAGCAUCUAGCUUUGGAUUAUUAUUUUGCAUAUUUGUUCCCAAAUGCUUUGUUAUUAUUUUUAGGCCAUAUGAAAACACCAGGAAACAUAUCAUGCAAAAGGAUCACCAUUAG